GUUUCGAUACUUCCGAUGGAUGCUUUGAUUCUUGGAUCCUCUACUGGAGGACAUUCUUUUUUCAUACCUGGAAGGAGUAGCUGGAGGAGAAAAGACUUGAAGCCUGAUAAAUUUCCAGUUGCAGGUUUUUCCAGACGAGUGCAAGUGUCGACAUGCAAUUCGAAUAAUAUCAUAGAAAAUUUUUAUACUAAAAGGUUUCAGCAACAUAUUGUCAAGCAUCAUGCUAGAGGUAUUCAGGAAACAUUUACAGCCUCCCAGAAAAGUAAUACAAAGUUUCUGGUGAAGGCCACUUCUGGUCACCCUUUUGAAUCAGAGCCUGGAGCUUGCCCCAAAACCCCUUGGAAUUUUGUUAAAAAUGCAUUGGAUGCUUUUUACAGGUUUUCACGGCCUCACACGGUUAUAGGAACAGCACUCAGCAUCGUUUCUGUUUCUCUUCUUGCUGUUGAGAAGUUAUCGGAUAUUUCUUCCCCGCUUUAUACUGGGGUAUUGGAGGCUGUGGCUGCUGCCCUUAUGAUGAAUAUUUAUAUUGUUGGUCUAAAUCAGUUGUCCGACGUAGAGAUUGACAAGGUUAACAAGCCUUAUCUUCCAUUAGCAUCGGGGGAGUAUUCAACUUUGACUGGCAUCUUGAUUGUCACAUCAUUCUCCAUCAUGAGCUUUUGGCUUGGAUGGGUUGUUGGUUCAUGGCCAUUAUUUUGGGCUCUUUUCGUCAGUUUUGUGCUUGGGACUGCAUAUUCAAUCAAUUUGCCACUAUUGCGAUGGAAAAGGUUUGCAUUGGUUGCAGCAAUGUGCAUCCUAGCUGUUCGUGCCGUGAUUGUUCAACUUGCUUUUUAUCUGCACAUACAGACCCAUGUAUUCAGCAGACCAAUCAUCUUUUCGAAGCCUCUAAUUUUUGCUACUGCAUUCAUGAGCUUCUUCUCCGUAGUUAUAGCACUUUCCAAGGUAAAUGUUGCUUUCUAUACUAAUGAAUUGAUGUAUCUUCUCAUGUGCAUUUGAUUUUUGUCGAGCCAUUCAUUUAAUAGUUCAUGAUCAAAGUGGUAACCGCCGUUCUAUUUUUGCGAUGGAUAUUGUGCAGGAUAUACCUGAUAUCGAAGGAGAUAAGAU